AUGUCUACGAUGUCUUCCCCUUCUCCUCUCAGUGAAUCUCAACUAAUCGCAUCAUUUCAUUCAUUUCUGAAAGGAGCGCUAUCACAAGCACACGCAGAAAGGUUGUUAUCAGAUGACAUGUUACAAAGCGCAGAAGCAGAUUUGAUGGUACAAGGACCCGCCCUAUGCCUAUUCUUCGCCGCACUCCGUUCCUCUACUUCCCCACCAUCAGUCACACUUCCCUCUUCUCCCCCUUCCCCCCCACUCCAACUCACACUCACAACCUGCCCUCCCCACUUCCUCCCCCUCUUCCAGCUCUGGUCAUCCACAGUUCCCCACAUACGCGCCCUCCCCCCCGGGUAUCAACAUGAUCUCGCCCGCCUCAUCUGCGACUUAGAACCCCUCACUUCCCCCGUCCGGGAAUCACUCUCCCGGUUAGCAGCAGAAUUGAGAGCAGUUGCGAUCGAGAUAAGUCAGAGGAGGACAUUUCAGGAACGGUAUAGGGGGGAUUUGCAGGCUGUGCUGGAUAGAGCUGGAGGGGGGAGGACGAGCUGGGAAGCACCGCCGGGGUAUGUGCCUGCCCUGGAGGAGAAACCGUUGCCUCCCCCUCCCCCGCCCGUGGGGGUAGAACUGGGGGAGAAGCUCCAAGUACCGCUUUCGCCAGGGAGGCCAGCGUCCCCUGGCGCGGGGCCAGGGGCGAAACUUAAUCCUCCUCCUUCUCCCAGGCGCCGCACGCCCUCUCGCAGCGGGAAACCAGGCCCUCUCCCUUCGCCCGACCCUAUCCCAAGCACAAAGCUCCAAGUUCCCCCCUCACCACACACCCCCACCCGGCCCGCAUCCCCCCUCUCAUCCCCAACGACCCCCUCCCCCAUCCUCGCCCUCAUCCGUGAAACGCUCUACGCCGCCCUAGCGGACCAGUUCUCCCACAUCCCCCAGCUGCACCAGCUGCUCACCUCCGACCCUGCCCAAGCAUACUUCUCCAGCGUCUCACUCUCCAUCCUCCAAGUCUGCCUCACGCGCAUAACCCACGACGGCGAAGUGCUCGGAGUGCUCGAUCGCCCGAUAAGGGAAGAAGAUGUCUCGAGAGAGUAUAGGCCGUUCAUGGCCCAGCUGGUGAGGAUCGCACUGCGCGCUCAGAUUUUGGGAGAGGAAGACGAUGCCAGAGCGAUCAGGUACGCUGCGCAAGAUCGGGAGAUCCCGAUCCCGAGGCUGGAAAGACUGCGUACGCAGUUACUCCAGGGGACUGGGGAGGGGGAGGGGGAUGGGGAUGGGGGGAGACCCCAAAGCCCGGGGGGGACAGUACUCGCCCUUGCGAAUCGGAUAAACGUGUUGGCGCUGACUUGGGUAGGGCUGGGCGCGUUUAGGGACAGGCAGGGGGAGGUGUUUGAUGUUCUUAGGGGAGUUAGGUAG